CCCGACACCCACAUGGUUGCCCACGAUUGUUAGGGGCUCCGGAGAGAGGACUGGGAGCUGGGACCCGUGAAUUUCCCCGUUUGCGACCCUGAGUCGCGCAGCCCAUUGACCUGAGGCCCCGCUGGCGGUGAGGUGAAGCCGGCCCGGACACCCGAGCUAAAUGUGGAAACGUGGCCAGAGUUGCACAGUGAGUAAAUCAUGGAGGCAAGGCAUUGACGCAGGUCACGCUGACUACAAAGCAGUAUGGCCUUUCAGGGACAAAAAAGUGAGAGGAGGAGUCAAGAAGAGAACGCUGAGGAAAAUGAGCUAACGCUUUUUAAGGAGCUGGGGGAAGAACAAAUCUGGAGAUGUUAUGAAAGGUCCUGAGCCGGCAGAGCCACGCGCUAUGAGCACCUCGGGUCUGUUCCGUUUUCCUGUCCCACUGACCAGAGUGUGCAUGGUGCCCUGGGGACUCCGGCGCUGCGAGAAGCCGGAACUCUUAUCCCCUGGAACAGCGGUCGCUCCGGUCCAGGCGGCAGGCAAGAAGGACCACCCUGCUCUGCUCUCCCUGGAUGAGAGUGAACUUGAAGAGCAGUUUGUAAAAGGACAUGGGCCAGGGGGCCAGGCAACCAACAAAACAAGCAACUGCGUGGUGCUGAGGCACGUCCCCUCAGGCAUUGUCGUCAAGUGCCACCAGACUAGAUCCGUCGAUCAAAACAGAAAGCUAGCUCGGAGAAUCCUGCAAGAGAAAGUGGAUGUUUUCUACAACGGUGAAAACAGUCCUGUUUACAAAGAAAAACGAGAGGCAGAGAAGAGAAAGCAAGAAAGGAAAAAAAGAGCAAAGGAGACCCUAGAGAAAAAGAAACUCCUGAAAGAACAAUGGGAAUCAAGUAAAAAUGUGCCCAGAGAAAGGACUGCAGAUUCUGACUGAAAGAACCUGCCGGAUGGGACUUCCCUGGUGGCGCAGUGGUUAAGAAACCGCCUGCCGAUGCAGGGGACACGGGUUCGAGCCCUGGUCUGGGAGGAUCCCACAUGCCGCAGAGCAGCUAAGUCCGUGCGCCACAACUACUGAAGCCUGCACACCUAGAGCCCGUGCUCCGCAACAAGAGAAGCCACCGCAAUGAGAAGCCUGCACACUGCAACGAAGAGUAGCCCCCGCUCGCCGCAACUAGAGAAAGCCCGCGCGCAGCAACGAAGACCCAACGCAGCCAAAAAUAAAUUAAUUAAUUUUUAAAAAACCUGCCGGAUGCCUCCAGGGACGGCGUGAGCUCCACCACCAGCGCAGCUGUGACGGGCUCCAGAGACAGCAGAGUUUCUAAACAGCAGACAAACUGUAGUGAAUAGCAAUGCACACUUUGAGAAUAAAACUGUAAAAAGAAA